AGGAGACAGCUGACUCCCCAGGACACAGGUGCUGCAGGUUAGCAGACAGACAGGUAGCAGUCAUGUACUGUAGCACAGGUUUGAUGUCAGGCUGUGGUUUGUUAACGUGGGGGAAGACAGACAGGACGAGGACAGACAGCGGGACGUUCUGCUACACUCAGACUCAGAUCCUGUUAGAGGAGCACUCUGCUCGCUCCACCUCGCCCUCCCUGCUGACGGCCACCGUGGGUCAGAAAGUCCUCAGCCGGCUGGACGACGGCGCAGGAUGCACCAGCCCCGAGCGGGUCAUCGCCCUCUGGAUGGAGGAGGGCAUCAGGAACAGCCGGGACAUCCUGCAGACUCUGGACUUCCCUCUGGAGGAGCGUCUCAGUCUGGCCGACUUGACUCUGGCCCUGGACAACGAGCUGCUGGUCAGCGGGAACGGCAUCCAGCAGGCGGCGCUGAUCUCUUACAAGAAUGAGAUCCAGCACCUGCAGGUGAUGGCGGAGCAGGCCUGCAGGGAGCGGGACAAGGUGAGAGCGGACCUGGAUCUGGCCGAUCGGAGGAACCUGAAGCUGGUGAGGGAGGUGGACGACCGUCACGCCAGCAUGGAGUCGCUGAACCAAAGCAGGAUCAGGGACCUGGAGCUGGACUUCCGUGAUAGGCUGGCAACACUGCGCACGCAGUCGGAGCAGGAGAGCGAGGCUCUGCUUCAGCAGGUGGAGCGUGAGCGCAGCAUCCUGCAGGGGGAGCUGCAGCUGCUCAGAGUGCAGGAGGCGCAGCUGCAGGAGGAGUUGUGCAGCGUCGCACAGGAGAACAGUCGUCUGGAGGAUGAACUCAGUGUUGUGAAGAUGAAACUGACUGAAGCUGAAAACUCUGUGAACAAACUGCAAAGAGACAUGAAGCAGCUGCUGCACGACAAG